GCUGCUCUUUCUACCUGCAGGAGCAUCAGCUCUGCAGUCAGGAUGCAUCUCCCUAUUUUGACUGCAGUCCUUCUUGGACUUGUCCUGAAUCCAGCCCUUGCUGAUUACUCUCAGCAGACAAAUGGAAACCAGCAAAUCAUCUUUGGUGGAGACUCCCAAAUCACUAUCACCGGUAUUUCACAAGGCGUGAAGAUCAAUAGUCAAACAAGGGUGGCAAUCAUCGAGCAAAAGAGUCAAAAUUUAUCAUGGAAAACCAUCUGGAACUACAACAGGGGUGUCAUUGCAACCAAAGUCAUGCAACAGAACACCUGCUACAUUUCCAUCAUGAACAGAACUGAGAUACCCAGCUUUAACAACCUGGCCCGACUGGCUGCAGAGAGCAGGAACCACAUUGGUCUUGGAAUACCUACCAAGGAGAUCACCUUUGUCACCAAUGGAUUGGUCAACAACCUCAACUCCUAUGGAAUAGAAAUUGCAGCUAUGUGCAGUGGACUCACCACCUACAUGGCUUAUGAAGUUGAUGGGCUCCAAGUGAAUCUGGGAUCAUGCAUUACCCUCAAUGUCUUGAGAGCUGUGGAUCUGAGGUACUGCAACAGCAAUGGCAAUUGGAAUGGCAAUUGGAAUGGCAAUGGCAAUUGGAAUGGCAAUGGCAACUGGAACAACAAUUGGAAUGGCAAUUGGAAUAUCACUGGCAAUUGGAAUGGCAAUGGACAGUCUCAGCAGUUUCCCGGCGGCAUCUUCAACAACACACAAGGCAGCAUCUUCAACAACACCCAAGUCAUCAUUGGUGGCCAGUCCCAAAUUGUGACCAUCAACAGGCAAUGGCGUGUGGCUGUCAUUGAGCAAAGGAGCAUCAGCAGGUCCUGGAAAACCGUCUGGAACUACAACACGGGCAUCAUUGCAACCAAAGUCACGCAACAGAACACCUGCUACAUUUCCAUCAUGAACAGAAGCGAGAUGCCGCGCUUUGAUAACCUGGCCCGCCUGGCACAAGAGAGCCGGAACCAGAUCGGCAUUUUUGGAAGACAUACCAAGAGAAUCACCUUUGUCACCAAUGGACUGGUCAACAACCUCAACUCCUAUGGAGCAGACAUCAUGGCUAUGUGCAGUGGACUCACCACCUACCUGGCUUCCGAAGUUCACACUUUCCAGGGACCCCAGGCGAAUCUGGGAUCCUGCAUUACCCUCGACGUUCUGAGAGUUGUAGAGCUGCAGUACUGCAAUAGCAACGGCACUUGGAAUGGCCAAUGGAAUGGCAAUGGCAAUGGCAACUGGAAUGGCCAAUGGAAUGGCAAUUGGAAUGGCAACUGGAACAACAACUGGAAUGGCACCAGCAAUGACAACUGGAACAACAAUUGGAAUGGCAUUGGCAAUGACAACUGGAACAACAAUUGGAAUGGCAAUGGAAACUGGAAUGGCAAUUGGAAUGGCAAUGGCAAUUGGAACAACAACUGGAAUGGCAAUUGGAAUGGCAAUGGCAAUUGGAACAACAACUGGAAUGGCAAUUGGAACGGCAAUUUCCCGUCUCAGCAGUUUCCCGGCGGCAUCUUCAACAACACGCAAGGCAGCAUCUUCAACAACACCCAAGUCAUCAUUGGUGGCCAGUCCCAAAUUGUGACCAUUAACAGGCAGUGGCGUGUGGCUGUCAUUGAGCAAAGGAGCUUCAGCAGGUCCUGGAAAACCGUCUGGAACUACAACACGGUGAGUAGCAGGAACGGGACUCUUUCAAAAUCAUCCAAGAAGGUUGUUGCUCACACAGAUGGCUGA